AUGACAGCUCCUCAGAAACACAACCUCUUCACCCCGGAACCACACUACGUCCCUGGCUAUGCCGGCUUCUACCCCCAGCUGCGCUACCAGGUGGGAGACACCUACGGGCGUACCACAGCACGGCUGCUUACGGACCCCAGUGUGCAGAAGAGCCCCUGCUCCGUGCUGUCCCCCAUAUCCAAGCCCAAGUUCAUCGAGGACUUCAGCAAGUCCAAGCCGCCUUUUGUGCCCUGCCGAGACUUGGGCGAGCCCUACGUCCCCCACUACACGGGUCUGAAGCCCUACAAGGACUUCGAGAUCCUGGGCCGGUUCUCACCUCAGGAUGGGGCCGCUGAGGGGCCGCCGGGGAUGGAGAAAAUAUCUCGGCAGGUCCCACUGCCUGCCGGCUUCAUGCCCUACCCGCCCUACCCGCUGUGCCCGCCGGGCAAGAAGAGGGGCUCCAAGGACCUCGGACACCCGGGCCUGCGGCUGGCGCACGGGGAGGAGGACUGGAAGGGCGCUGCCCGUGCCGACGAGGCCCCUGAGCAGUACCAGCUGUACCACUGCAGGAGGGACGAGCACCUGCCUCCGGCUCACCAGCAGGACACACUAGACGUCGACCAGUUCCAAAGGUUGCCCCAGCUAGACCACGCAAACCUGAUUCAACGCAAAGCCAUCUCAGGGUACGCCGGCUUCAUCCCCCGGUUUGCUUGGGUGAUGGGGAUGAACUACCGCACCGGGGUCACGCAGGCUAUGGACGAGUUUGACAAGAGCCAGUUCCUGCUCAGAAACCCCGUCUGUGCCCUGGGCGAGAGGCUGCCCCAAACAUACUGGCCCAGCAACACCAUCUACGGCAGCCAGGGGCUGAUACCCUUCUACAUGGGGUUUGUGCCAUCCACGCAGGGCCACUUUGCGAUGACAUUCGGCAACAGCACCCGCAAGGCCUACCAGGAGGAACUGGAGAGGAGAAACCGCACGCUAUGA